AUGAAAUCACCCUUCGUCCUCUUCCAGAUCGUGUUUUACGAAGAAAGUAACUUCGAAGGUCGAUUUUACGAGUGCACCGCUGACUGUCCCGAGCUCAACACCCACAUCAGCCACUGCAACUCCAUUCGUGUGGACAGCGGCGCCUGGGUUCUGUUCGAGAGGCCCAACUACCUGGGUUACCAGUACAUCCUGACCAAGGGGGAGUACGCGAACUACCAGCGCUGGAUGGGCUACAAUGACAGCAUCAGGUCCUGCCGCAUCGUACGAAAUGGCACUGGUGCGUUCAGGGUUCGUGUCUACGAGCGUCCUGACUUCAACGGUCGGAUGUUGGAGUGCUGUGAAGAUUUGAGCAACCUGCCCGAGCGCUGGCACUUCCACGAGACUCACUCCGCCCAGGUGCAGGAAGGCGCCUGGGUCUUCUACGAGCUUCCCAACUACCGAGGACGGCAGUACCUGCUGGAGAAAGGAGAGUACCGCCGCUACACCGAGUGGGCAGCCAUGAACCCCACUGUGGGGUCCUUCCGCCGCGUCCACAGCCAUUAG